UUGGAACUACUUCUCACGUGACCAUGUUUACUAAAAUGGCAGAAUCUUGUUUUCUGUCGUAGAGGCUGUUUGUGAAAUAAUGUUCGUAUUCGAAGAAACUGUUGGAAAUAUGACAAAUUGAUGGCGAUUUUAAAUCGGAUAUCUAAGGAGUUAUACGGUUGUCGCCAGAAGUUCUUCAUGGGGGAAAAGUUCUCUCUGAGGUGCUAGCGACGCCAGGCGCCGUCCUUGCAAUGGCCACACCAGUGGAUUACCAGUGGGCUUACUCCAUCAUGGAUUCUUCACGGGUCUCUACAUUUCUCAUCUCCAUUCUGCUUAUUGUGUAUGGCAGCUUCAGGUCGCUGAAUAUGGAGCAGGAGGCCCGUGAACGAGAAAAGGAGAAGGAACGAACGCAGAGUUUGACUGGCCUUCCAGCAGCAGCAGGAGGACCUAGUGGUGACAAUAAUGUGCAGACCCUUGACACAAUGCAGGCUUUGUGUUUGCCUUUGGGAGCAUCGAUUUCACUGCUAGUAAUGUUCUUUUUCUUUGACUCUAUGCAGAUGUUGUUCGCGAUCUGUACAGCAAUAAUUGCUACUGUGGCUCUAGCGUUCCUUCUUUUACCUAUGUGCCAGUAUGUGAUCCGGCCAUGUUCUGAUGGAAAUAAGAUCUCAUUCGGGGUAUGUGGACGAUUCACUGGUGCCGAACUUCUCUCCUUUUCAUUAGCCGUUUUCAUUGUAUGCAUAUGGGUUCUGACUGGGCAUUGGUUACUAAUGGAUGCGAUGGGGAUGGGUCUGUGUGUGGCUUUUAUUGCCUUUGUGCGCCUUCCAAGUCUGAAAGUGUCAACAUUGCUACUGACUGGACUACUUAUUUAUGAUGUAUUCUGGGUAUUUUUCUCAUCUUAUAUCUUCAAUACCAACGUUAUGGUAAAGGUUGCAACAAGGCCGGCAGAAAACCCUGUGGGCUUAGUGGCUCGUAAACUUCACCUCGGAGGUGUCGUAAAGGAGGCCCCUAAACUGUCGUUACCAGGAAAACUUGUGUUCCCUAGUAUCCACAACUCAGGACACUUUUCUAUGCUGGGUCUUGGUGAUAUAGUCAUGCCUGGAUUGCUUCUUUGCUUUGUUCUCCGUUACGAUGCCUAUAAAAAGUCUCAGCUGGUGCAUCUCGGAGAAACUGGUGUUCCUCCACCGAAGCAUUUCAACAAGCUCAGCUACUUCCACUGCUCUCUGAUUGGAUACUUCUUAGGCCUGCUGACAGCAACUGUCUCAUCAGAAGUGUUCAAAGCAGCACAGCCAGCUUUAUUAUAUUUGGUGCCCUUCACAUUGCUUCCCCUUCUUACUAUGGCCUACUUGAAGGGCGACUUGAGACGAAUGUGGAGCGAACCAUUCAUCGUACAUCCUCCGUCAAAACAUUUGGAAGUCUGACAAGACAUGUCAUCAGUUCUCAUGCUCUGCAAUUUAGCCUGUUGUGGUGGAACUGCUGCUGCAUCGGCUGUGCCUGUUGUAUUUAAGUGAUCGGAGUGAAUGAGCAGAAAAACAGUGUCCUGUAUAUUUGUUUUCUGUUGUUGAAAAUGUGUUAAGUUGUGAACGAGCUGAAGAUAUACAUUCCUUAUUCAGCUUGUUGGAACUGCAUUUGUCUGUUAGAACAAUGACAGAGCAAAGGAAGUCUUCAUCGGACGUGUUUAUCCAGCCACACCAUUCUUCAUUUGUUCAUUCCAACAUAAAUAAUGGAAUAAAUCUAGCAACACAGGAAACUGUCAGUUCAGUCCAAUAUGCCUGUGCUGAUAUCACUGACAAAAUUUAAAACAAAUAUUUUGAUUACCACCUACACCCGACAACCCCACAAAAUCUAUAAUGCCUAUUUCAUUUUGUGCAUUAGUUGGAAGAGAAGGCCUACUGUAAUAAUACUCGUUGCUGUAUUACAUGAUCUUGACCUGCGGUGAGUAUGCAUGUAUGUUUAUAUGUCGAUUAAUGUAGGUUAAAUCGAUUUUUACUUUUGUUGAUUUUAGGAUGUCCAUUAUGUUCUGUUACUUUAAUGAAACUGAUUUUAUAUUGCAUUUUAUUACUGAAAUAGUGAUUAUGUUGAGGUGGUGAUGUGUUCUUGAUUAAAUAUGUGUUUCUUGCGAUUGUAAAAAUGAGAUUGAUUUCGCGUGAAAUUGUCCAGCAAGUGACAAGAAACAUUAAAGGUGAGCAAAACCAGGAGGGUACAGUGGGAA